ACGUUGCGCCGGAAGCAGCAAUGGCGACCUUCAGUCGCUGCUGUUUGUAGCACACGUUUAUCUAUUUGUGCUUCUGUAGCUAUUUCAGCUUCUUUCUUUUUUUUUUUUAACUUAGCCGUAGAAAUAUUUGUCAAAAUGGCGACCAGGACCGUGUGCCAGUUUUUCCAGCGGCGUUGUGCAUCUGCUGCAGCGGCUGUGCGUCCAUCAGCAGCUGAGGUCCGCAGCCACCGCAACGCUGUCUUCUCCAGAGAGCAGGCCAGACAGAGAGCUCUGUAUCCCCGCGUCGAGAAGAUAGAGGUGUCCCUGCAGGGCCCGGGCCUGGACGGCACAAGGCUCAUCAUGAACAGAGGGAUGUCCACUCCACUGAGCUGUGCCAGACACUUGACAGAGCAUCAUGUGACCAGUUCAGCUCUGGCCCUGGUAGACGGGGAACUAUGGCCUCUCCACCAGCCCCUCACCCACUCGUGCUCACUCACCCUGCUCACAUUUAAAGACAGUGACCCGACGCUGGUCAACCAGGCCUACUGGCGUUCCUGUGCUGCCUUGCUGGGUCAUGUGCUGGAGACUGCCUUCAAGGACGACUACACUGUGGAGCUGCUCGGCACGCCAGAGGUGCCAGUCACUUCAGGAGCCUUCUGCUGUGAUGUGGCACUCGACCCUCAGCUGGAUUCAUGGACUCCCUCUGAGGAGUCACUGCGCUCUCUCACCCGAGGGGCCCAGCACCUGAUCCACCAGGACCUGGCCUGGGAGCCUCUGGAGGUGGUGCCGCCUGUGGCGCUGGAGGUCUUCUCACACAGCAGGUGUAAACAGGAAGAGGUGGAACAGAAAGCAGCACAGAAUCCCAAAGGCACAGUGAUGCUCUACAGAUGUGGUGAUCAUGUGCUGCUGAGUGGGGGCCCUCUUGUGGCCAGGACAGGCCUGUGCUCCCAGUACGAAGUGACGGCCCUUCACAACCUGGGCCAAGGACCCUGGGGUCUCCACCGUCGGGCGCAGGGCCUCUCGCUGCCUCUGCAGCUGCAGGCUCACCACACAGUCUGGAGGAAACUGAGGCAGCGGGCAGAGAAACUGGUUGAGACGCCGAAACCUUAAGAAGCGACUCCACCGCCUCUUCUUGACACAACUCCAUGCCGGACCAGCCAUUAGCAACCUCUGUGCAACCUUCCACACAAGCAUACACACUUUGACAUGUAUCUUAUUGUAUUGUUUGAAUAAAUAUGGAAUAAAAUAUCAGUUGAAACCA